AUGUCGGGGUACAUCACGUGCAAGUACAAUAAUGGGGACCUGGUGUUUGCCAAGUUGAAGGGCUAUGCGCACUGGCCGGCGAGGAUAGAGCAGAUGGCCCAGCCCAACAGGUACCAGGUGUUUUUCUUUGGGACCCACGAGACGGCCUUCCUAGGCCCCAAAUACCUCUUUCCGUACAAGGAGUCCAAGGAGAAGUUCGGCAAGCCCAAUAAGAGGAGGGGCUUCACCGAGGGGCUCUGGGAGAUCGAGAACAACCCGACCAUCAAGGCUUCUGACUGCCGGGUCCUGGAGAAGAACCGCACCCAGGGGCCCAAGGUGGAGCCAGAGCCUAAGGCCCAGGAGGGCCAUGCGGAACAGCCCAGCCAUGCGGAAGGCAGCCGGGAAGAGGUCCCACCGGUGGAGGACAAGCCCUCCCAGGUGAUGGAGAAGAAGGAGGAAGGGAAGGGGCUGCUGAAGAGGAAGGCAGACAUCCUGUCGGAGGGCUGCCCCAAACGCCCCAAGGAGGCCGCCUCCCAUGGUGACGGUGAGGAGGAAGAGGGGGAGACGCAGGCAGCAGGCAGCAGCGAGUACAUAGAACAGCUCCUCGUGGAGGUAGAAGGUGGUGGUGCCACAUCAGAACCUGACCUGGCUUGGGAGCCCGAGCUGGAGCAGCAGCAGCAGCAGCAGAAGGAAGAGGCUGGCGAGGAGAAGGCCACAGAGAAGGAGAUUCCUGAUGGUGAAGAUGGCAAUGAUGACCUGUAG